GUGGGUGGGGCUGGGCGUCGCUUGCGUGCGUGCGUGCGGGGGUGUCGGCGGCGCCGCAGCAGCAGUGUCUUCCGCCAGCCGCUCCCGGCGCGGCCCGACAUGGAGAGCGCGAGCCAGGACAUCAACCUGAACUCUCCCAACAAAGGUCUGCUGGCCGACAGCAUGACGGACGUGCCCGUGGAGAGCGCCGCCGCGGCCCGCGCGCCCGCCUGCGAGGGGCUGACGCCGGCCGAGGAGGAGGAGCUGCGCACCGAGCUGGCCAAGGUGGAAGAGGAGAUUGGUACUCUGCGCCAAGUCCUGGCUGCCAAAGAGAGACACUGUGGAGAGCUGAAGAGAAAAUUGGGCCUGACUCCCUUUGAUGGGCUGAAGCAAAAUUUGUCCAAGAGCUGGCAUGAUGUUCAGGUCUCCACUGCUUAUAUGAAAACAUCUGAGAAACUUGGAGAAUGGAAUGAGAAAGUGACACGGUCUGACUUUUAUAAGAAGACUCAGGAAACCCUGUCUCAGGCAGGACAGAAGACUUCAGCUGCCCUUUCUAACGUGGGCUCUGCUAUAAGCAGGAAAUUUGGUGACAUGAGGGCUCAUCCCUUCUCGCAUUCGUUUAGCAGUUACUCCAUUCGCCAUUCGAUAAGUAUGCCUGCUAUGAGGAAUUCUGCAACCUUCAAGUCAUUUGAAGAUAGAGUUGGGACCAUAAAGUCCAGAGUGGUGGGCAGCAGAGAGAACAGCACUGACGGCCUCCACUCCCCAACAGGCGUUGGAGAUAAGCCACCACAGGACAACGCUUCUUUCUAAACCCAUCGCAUGGCUUUGCACGGCUGUGCACAACUGCGAGAGUGAACCCCUCUAAUUUUUCAUCACAGUAACAACAUGCAGAUAAGGGGAGGGGAUGAGCCCCACUCUGAAGAGAGAGAUCCAUACAUCAACACACAGACAUUGCUGCUGGGUUCAAGUCAAAUAAAGAGAACACAAAGUUUUGUACACAACUAUUUUACACUAAAGUUUGUAGAUGAAGUGCAUCACUGUGCUGUCCUCCUGGGAGAGCACUUAAAAUGGAGUUUCCUCAGUGUAGUUCAGAAGCAUUCUUUUGGCAUAAGUUGCCUGUGGUCCCCACUCAGAGAUGUGGUCUUCAAGCUGGGGAAGCUUUUGGCCCACGUGACGAGCAGUUAUGGAAGAAGCUAAUUGCACAGGAGACCUAAAUCUUCCAUUUUUGGCUGUUCAAAAUCAUUUAUGGCAGUAGUUGGGUCAUCUCCCUCGCUUCUCCCAUCACUGCUCCCUCCUGCUAUCCCAGAAAUGGUGCCGGAGACAUGAAUGAGGGAAACAGUUAUUUUCUCUGGGCUCCCAAACAGGAAACUUGGUUUAGCAGCUGCCUCGUUACACUAAUGCUCUAGCUUUAACAAAACUAAAAUUUUAUUUUUAAAAGCAAUGGACUUCAAAAAUGAAAGCUGACCAGAAAAAAAAAAGAAGCUUUAGCAUCAUAUUAGGGAUAUAUUCCCCUGGACUCUGAAGCUGAAAUGCAAGCCUUACAUCACCUUAUGCUUUACUUGUUUAUAAUCUUUUUAUAUAGAGAGAACUGUGAGGGUUAUCAAGUUGGGUUUUGAGCACUGGAGUUUUGCAUCAUACAGUAGUAGCAGCAUGCCUAUGUGCCAGUUAUUGUGUUCAUUUGAAAUGGUGCACUCUGUUGCUUCAGUGUGUAAAACUUGCUUCUCUGUCCUUGAUAUAAGCCUGUGUUCCUGGAAAAGAAGGCUGCUAGCAGUGUGGAUUAGGAAAGGGCAAAGGUGUGUGUAGCAAUACGGGCACCGUACUGGAGAAUCCCUUCUCCGCCUCACCCCUGUACAGGCUAAGCAGUUUGGAACAUCCUCAGUGUGAUCGCACAUUCUCUUGGCUAAUAUCCCCACCUAGAAUCGUUGUUUACAGGAACUGGAGAGAAUACUGGAGACUGACCUCUUCCCAAAGUGUCUGGAUAUGAUGCUCUUCUGAUGUCCAGCACAGCUGCUCAGGAGCUGUAGAAUUCAAGGUUACCUUACAGUGGCCUGAUUUGAACCCAGGCAAGAGGUGCCUCCAUGUCAGACAUACCUAGAGUGAGCAAUUCUGUGCCUUAGAGGCGAAGUGGGUCUUACUCAGGUCUUUAGGUUUGCUUACGUACAUAUCAGAGUAGUCGCGAUGGCUUGUUACUCUAGUGGAACUAAACCUUACUCAACCCUUUAGAGAAGCAAGUUUUGACACUUAUCUGCUGAUUUAAUAAUCUCAAUACCCACCCCUGGCCCCCCAUUUUGCAGGUGUUGUGGGAGUGCUAUGACAUGUUAGAAGGCAGACGUACUAGGAACUAGGCGGAGUGUAGAGUGUCAUUUACCGGGGUUUAUUGUUUUGUGGCUGAACCUUGCCUCUGAAUGGGGGAGCAGUAUCGAUUAAAAUGGGGACUGCUGGAGUUUAGGUAUUGAACUGUUUCUCUUUACAUGUGAAUAUUAGGGAAAUUUGUCAAUAAAGCAUUCCUUUGGGGAAAAAAAAA